UACUUUUCACUCACUCUGUUUCCUCUUCUUUUCACUGUAAAGUUGUUAGAUUGGAAACCUGAAAUGUAGAAUGUAAAGGGUUCUUUUUCUUUUGAUCCCUGGGAGAAGAUGAAGGAAGAGUCGAUUAUAUUAGGGUUCUGAAGGUAUAAGAUCUUUAUUGUUGUGUUGGAUUGGAUCUUGACUGGUUGUUUUAGCAAUCGGCUCCACAAAAAGAGUCAGCAGCAGGCGUCAAUUAAUGGCGACUUGACUGCCGCUUGGAGCCAAGAUCAAGUUAAACGGGUGAAGACCCUUGAAAUUAAAUACCAUUUUUUUCAAGACACAAUAUCCCGUUUACAUCUUAAUCUUCAGUUGAUUGUAGCCCUUUUGUUCUGGGGGCUUGAUUUGUUGUUUAAGAUUCAAAGAAAUCAUAUUUUUGUUUUUGGAUUACAUGUAUGUAUGUGUUUGGAAGGCAUUCAGUCAGACACGGGUGUUUGUUCUUGAGAUAACAAUUCACCUUUUGCAAAGUGCCGAGAGAGAGCUGCUUACACGAUUGGAGGAAACCUUAUGCUUCUGCAUGGUUUCCUUCAAAUUUAAAGUAGCUAAAUGGCUUUACUUAUUUAGAUGAAGCUUUCUUCUCGUUUUGCAAAAUUUAUAAGAUCUGAAUUUUUUUCAGGUUCUUGAGAUACUCUUCUUGGCAUGUGAAGAUAGAUAUGUAAAACAAGUUGGACAAAGAACAACUGAGUGACCCUGGGUUGAGUGAAAAAAUGGUGGUGGGAACCUUCAAACUAAACUAUGAAGAAAGCAUGGCAAUGACUCCCUUUUUUAGUCAACAGGGAAUGCCAAUGCUAAUUGGCAACUUUUCUGCCGCUUGGCGCCUAUAAAAACUUGCUGGGAAUCAGAUGCUUAGAAAACGUGAUAUUGUUUUUAUGCCAUGAAUUUCGGCAACAGAUCUGUAUGCUAUACAUUUUUUUGGAGAAAAUUUGAUGAGUACACACUAAUUCACAAUGUGUUUUUAACAAUCUUGUACACUUAUAGCAGCCUUUCGAGUGAACUUUUGUAUCAAAGAAAUGAAUCCUUAUUCUUAUC